GCCGCCGCCGCCCCCCCCCCCCCGACCCGCAUGGAGGGCGGCGGAGAGACGCUGCCCGCCGAUCUGCGGGAGCUGGCCGGCAAGGUGGGACGGCGCCCGCCCGCCGGGCUGCUGAGGGGGCUGCGGGCCGAGGCCGCCCCUGCGCCGCCGGUACCGCCCGCGCCGGCCCGCGACUGCCGCUCGCCCUUCGCCGAUCGCCUCCGGGCGCUCCGCCUGGAGCUGGCCUACCUGCGAGCGGUGGACGUGAAGAUCCUGCAGCAGCUGGUGGUGGUGAACGAGGGCAUCGAGGCGGUGAAGUGGCUGCUGGAGGAGAGGAGCACGUUGACCAGCCGCUGCAGCAGCCUGGCCAGUAGCCAGUACAGCCUGGUAGAGAGCCAGGAGGCCUCGAGGCGGGGCAGCUGGGACAGCCUGCAGGACCCCAACGACAGGCUGGACAGCAUCUCUGUUGGGAGCUACCUGGACACGUUGGCUGAUGACAUGGAUGAGUAUUCCCAAAAUGCUGCCGAAAGCAGCGGUGUGCCCGCGCCGGGCAGAGCCCUGGGCAGAGCGGAGCAGGACUGGGGCAGGAUUGACCCCGAGAAGGGCCUUGCAAAGCAAGAGAAGGGCAGAGCGGAGCACGAGUGGCCCCACGUGGACCUCUCCCCGCCCGGGCUGCCCCAGGAUCACCGCUUUGCCAAGGAGCCCAAGGUGGCCAACGGGUAUUUGGGCCAGGAGCCCUCCUCUCUGGAGCCAGGCAGAGACAGCAAGUUGCCGUCUGAGGCUGGGGAGAAGCUGGGGAAGGGGAACCCGGGUGGGAAGGCUCGGAAAGCUGAGGCUGACCUCGAGAACUGCAAACUCAACAGCAAACUGCACCUGGAGUACGACGCCCACUGGCGCUGGCUCCAGUCUCAGGACGAUGUGACGUUCUUGUAGCCCUUGGCUUCACCUUCCCAGUCCAACUCUCCCAACUGCCCGCUCUGCUUCACCUGUCUCUGCUGGGAAGAGUUGGGGUGGCUGGAGGAGGGGAGGAUGGGCUGGCUUGGUGGUGGUGUGCUGCUCCUCUGACCACCCUGUCAGUGCUGGGUGAUGCAGCCAGCGGGAUGAAGAUGCUCUGGGGUGGUGCUUGCAGGGGGCUGGUAACUGCUCUGUUGUCCUUGAUGUUGGUGGCAGGGAAGGGUCGGUGGGGAAGCCUAGGACAGUGGGACUCCUGAGACCUCUCCCCUCUAAUCCUCAGCCUCCUGUCUGCAAAGUCUGGGGAGCCUUCCCCCAAACCAGUUACUCAGGAGAUGCUCCCACACAUCCACAGCUUGGUGGCACCAGCCUGCUCAGCUCCAGAUGCGGGGCAGGACCAUCUGCAGGGCAUCCCUGUUAGAUGUGCUCAUUGUCAUCUUCAAGGCCAGUGUCCAUCAGGGUAGAGUCCACCUGGGGCACCUGGGGUUUGGUAACAGCACCUGGUGGAUUCUAAAGCCCCCUUCCCCAUGGGUGAAGCCCUGUCUGGUUUAAACACCUCUGUGAAGCCCAUCUGAAACGUGAUCAGAGUGGUCAGUGUAGCUGCUCCUGUUGGGCUGGGGAGCCUUUAUCCAUGCCCUGAGGAGAAAGGAUGAUGGUGCAGACUGCUCUUCCUGUUGUGAUUACAGGAAAAGUGCAAAGCAUUGGGUGGGAGAUGGACAUCCAGUUCUCCUAGAUUGUUUCUGGACUGUCUUUUGCCUCGGGAGCAGGUCCUGCAGAAACCUUGGGAUGUGGCAGCACCAGCAGCCUGGCAGAGCCUGUGGGGCUCAGACUCAGAAAGGCUUGUGCUCUCCCUGACACAGUGUGGUGGGGGUGAUGGCUGGGAUUCUCCAUCUGUGUGAUGAAUGGUGCCAGAUCUCUGCCUCUUACCAGCAUCCAGCACCUUGAGGCGCUUCUGCCAGGGUGGAUUUGCAGCGACCCUGCCCUGGAGACAUCUUCUCUGUCCUUUUAGCCUUGGCUUCUGCCUGUGCCUUUUGCUGUCCACCCACCAUGCCUCCCAGCACACCCCUUGCUGGCUUGUAGAGCAUGGCUUGCAGCUGGAGCUAUGUGAGAGCUUGGGCAGGACCUGCUGCCUUCACCUGAGCAUCCUGCAGCCCCCUGCUUCAAGGAGAGGGGCUCUGCCACAAGCCUGGACAAGCCUGGAGGGUCCUGGCUUCACAGCCCACAGGUGCAUCUGUCCCUGGCCAAGUGCUGCGAUGGCUUUGCUCAGUGGUGCCAUUGUUCUACUGCCUGUGUGGGUCACAGCCUGGCUCUUUCCUUGCUGGGGUGGUGGGAGUGGGGACAACAUCUAAUGUCAGUGGGAAGCCAAAAGAGAGGGAAGACCUGGCUGUGACUCUAGAUGCGAGAUGUGAGCUGACUGUGGUUAGGAAGGUGGUUGAGUCCACAACAGGUUCAGCUUUGUAUCUCUGAAGCAGCACCUGCAGUAGAAACUGCCCUCCAUGCUGACACCCCUGAGCACCCUCCCUUCCCACUGUAGAUCCUCACAGCUUCCCUGAAUGGACAUUAAGAGCAGAACAACGUCCAACAUUCCUAGAGACCUGCCUAGGACUUGGGGGAAUCCCAGCAGACCUGGGCUGCCCUAUGGAAAGAUCCCAUCUGCCUGUCCCGGAGCAGCUGUGCUUGGCUUGCCAAGUGUGUAGCUUUGCUGCUGCUGCCGAGCCACCACGUCCCCCGAGGCUGCCUGUCCCUUGCUUUCCUUCUAGUCCUGCAUGUGAUGAAUCAGCUGAGGGGCCCUGGGUGGGGGGAGGUAGACAGGGUAAGUCCUCCAGCACUGUUAAAAUCAUGCUCAACAAAAAGUAGCUGUUGUAAUAAAUGGUAGCGUUGCUCCCAGCUCACGCUGUCUGUGCUUUGCAGAGCUUAUGGGGGUUUCUAAAGGGAGAGGAGAAGCCUAGGGAAUGCCCUGGCAGCUCUGAAGGCAGGACAGGUUUAGCCCCAGUCCUGAAACAAGCACAGAUCACGUGUCCAGAGAUCUGUCCCUUCUCACA